AUGGAAAACCCUAAUGAUUUCCAAUUCCCACCCAACCAGACUCAACACAACCCUGGGCCUAUCAAUGCCGGCCGUAAUGCUUCAACUUUACCAGACAGUGAAUUUGGAGAAUUCCAAACUAGGGCACAGGCUCAGCUGCGUAGGCGUAAGCCACGUAAGAGAGUUGCUAGAGGGGCCAUAGUCAAGGCAAAAGCUCUCCCCCUUUAUUUGAAUGCGCCUCCAGUACUGUAUAAAUGUGUCCUUUGCGAAAAAACCUAUGACAUGUUAAGGGCUAUAUGUGGCCACAUGAAGAAGCAUCGCAACCGUCCAUGGAAGGGAAUGAAGCCUCCUUCAACUUGGGAGAGUUUCGAUCUGAAUGAGGUCCUUAAUUAUGGAUGA